AGCACUGACUAGCAAAAUCCUGCCUACGGCACCUUUAAUAGUCAUAUUCGUUAUUGAUGUCACAUUAAAGAAAAGUUACCCUAACGUUCACUGAAAACAAUGACGUACACACAGCAUUUAUUUAGGCAUCCUUUAAGGCCAAACCUCUUUGGUUCUCCAGCCGAACAGAUUUACUUCUAUGAAUUGUUUCACAUGUGACUAAACCAUAUAUAGUAAUCUGAAGUUUUUGUUGUUUUCCUGGAGCUCGACAUAACAGUUGGUUGGAUGGUGUGCUUAGUGAAAACUCUGAGAGAUUCCUUUGUCUUUAAGACAAUACAUUAAUGAAAGACAGUCUUGUGCUGGCUUCAUUAGCCUGGCCUACUCAAUUGUAGGUGAAUGGAAAUGACAUUUAAAACAGUUGCUUGAGCAAAAAACAGCUGCCAAUCUCUCUUAAAGGGGAAGGAUUGCAAUUAACCACCCUCUCCUAAUCCCCUCGUUUCACCUCCUACGCCGCCUCAGCUUUGUCCACCUCUCCCCUCUGCCCGUCUCACUCCUCUCCCACUCUCCUCGCUGAGCUGGAGUAGAUGGCAUCUGAACUCAGCUGCUGAACGCUCUUUGACCCGGCGUGAGUUGGGUCCAGUUAUACUUUAUUGGGGUGUUUCUGACAGGACUGUUUGUCCCACACACUCAGAGAAAAGAUACUGAGAAAGAGAUGCAAGGUAAGCAAAGCUGGCUGAGUGGUUUCAGGCGGAGCACAGAGUGAAGUUGCAGGGUGAGCCGCUGAGACGAACAGGUGGAGCACUGGCAUCGGUAACUUCAACACUUCAACACUGACUUCCAAGAGGCUCCAGUUAUUACCGAGAAGCUCGAAUGCAUUUAUCACUGGAUACCAUGAGCAUGGUGGACGACAGCUGCCUUUCACCCAGCAACUUCCACGAAAUGGGAAAAGGUGGAGGCGUUGCAGCAGGGGGCCGUGUCCACAGCAUCGAUGUGAUCCUGGGCUUCAGUAAAGACCAGGACCCUUUGCUAAGUCCGGCUGGGCCUACGGGACUCCAUAAGGCGAACAUAGAUGGCCUGGCAGAAUCUGUGAAGCAGCAGGAUCCCACGUCACACCCGUCCUACAGUGGGCACCUUUCAGCUCUGAGAAACAACAGCACUGAGCAGCAGCAGCAGUAUCAUGAAUCUGGAUUAUUCACAAACAAGUGUGAUGAAGAGCUGAGUGAGCUGAGAAAGAGUGUUGAUAGUGAUGAGGGCAAAUCUCCAGAGCCGUGCAAAGAUGACCAGCCCAAAAAGAAGCACAGGCGCAACCGCACCACCUUCACCACUUACCAGCUGCAUGAGCUGGAGCGUGCCUUCGAGAAGUCCCACUACCCAGACGUGUACAGCCGGGAAGAGCUGGCCAUGAAGGUGAACCUCCCUGAGGUCCGGGUUCAGGUCUGGUUUCAGAAUCGCAGAGCUAAAUGGCGUCGGCAGGAAAAAAUGGAUGGCAGCACCAUGAAGCUCCACGACUCACCCAUGCUCUCCUUCAACCGUCCAGCACCGGUACACAACAGCAUGGCCCCCAUGACCAGUUCUCUCCCCUUGGACCCCUGGCUGACCUCUCCACUGUCCAGUGCUACGCCUGUGCACAGUAUCCCAGGCUUCAUGGGACAAGCUCAAGGCCUUCAGCCCAGCUACUCGAGCCACAGCUUCCUCAACUCUGCUCCUCAUGCUCCUCAUCCUCACUCUCACCCUCACCCGUCCAUGGGUCAGGGGAUGCAAAGUAUCGCUCCCCCUCCAUACCAGUGUCCAGCACCAUACCCUGAUAAAUAUCCCCUGGAGGACGUAGACCAGCGAAGCUCCAGUAUUGCUGCACUGAGAAUGAAGGCCAAGGAACACAUCCAGUCGAUGGACAAGACCUGGCAACCCAUGUGACUAUGAAACUUUGCAGUUUAUUUUUAGCGGCGUUGGAAAAAGCAGAUAUUGACUGGAUUUAUAAGAGCCGAAUGAAACUGACAUUGUGUUUUUAAAAAAAAAAUUUUAAAAAAUAAUGAGGCAUCUGUUACCUACAAAGCAAGUGGAAUGGAUAUCGUUUUGUGAAAGAAGUUUGUGGACUUUUGAUUUUUUUUCUAAUCUCAAAGACAUUAAAUUGACUUUAAAUUGACAAGUGAACCCCCCCAAUCAAUCUAGUUACUAACGUUGCCUUAGGAACUGUAAAAGCACAUUAUCUUCAGAGUGACCAUUACUAAGAUCACACAUUGCACCCUGAGAAUUCAUCAUCCUCCUCUGUGUCAAAUGAAUUCACAAACAAUAUCUUCACAUCCCUGCUGUUCAACUGAAUAGAGGCCAAUUGCUUGCAAAAUGCACAAUUUUUAUGCACUGACACUGGGAGGUUACAAUUUCUGAAGUCUGUUGUACACAUAACUGGUCAGCCUUGGAAAUAAUAUUUGCAUACCUAAAACAUGCUGGUGAACACUCCGUGACGGCACCUGGUGUUUAAACAACAAAACUCCCAAUUUGGGAAUUUUCAAACCAUUUUUCUUUUGUUAUGUCAGUUGUCCAUUCUUUACAGUUUAUAUUUUUUUCACCGACUUUAUGUUUUUACUAAUUAAUGCAACUGUCAGUGUUCAUGGCUGAGCUAAGAGUCCGAGCUUUGUAAAUGAAGGUCAGGUCUCGGUGUAAUGUGAAAUUAAGGCAUGAAGACUCGAAUCAUGUACUCGUGUCACAUAUCAUGGGCGAGUUCCGUAGCAAAUUUCAUGUUCAUCUCCAACUCAGUGUUUAGAUAUUUGUGCAGAGUUUUGGUUGUGGUUUAACUGGAGAGAAGUGACAGCAAAGUACCAGUGAGGCAAGGUGUGAAUCUCUACUGUGUUGGUCACAAACUGUAAAACAAAUAUUUUUGAGUGGGAAAUGACGUUAGAAUCAGAAAUGUAGUGGCACCUUUGUGGACCAACGGUGAGAGUAUACCAAAAAUUAUUCUGCACAAAUACCGGUACUACAAUUGAAAUACUGAAUUGUGCUAAGAUGCUUUAAAGAGGGAGAAAAGAGAGGAAAGGAGAGAAGCUGAGCGAGUAUGAAAGACAGACAGACUGACCAGUGGAGUAACCCUCUUUUUGCUUGAGUGGCUGUUGGAGGAGAAAACCUGUUGGCAGCUCAGUGUUGGGUGGCUGCGUGUACGUGCAGCGCAGCAGAAAGAGCCCUGUGUGAUGCGUCACCCCACAUAGUUUACUCUUUGUUCAGCACAAUUGAUCCAAGUGCAUCCUCUUUGUCUGAAACUGAAGGGAAUAGAAACGGUCUCAGGCUGCACUAAAUAGGCCCUUGUAACCAUCUUGCUAUGAUUUUUUUUU